UACAACUCACAAAAAAAAAAAAAAAAAAAAAAACCUUUCUCAGAAACCACAACGUCUCAAAAGACAAAGAGAAUUAUCUAAUCCCCACCACAUCCGAUCCGUCAACCACCGCCCACGCCGCCGUGCCGUUGAUCGCCGCCACAAAUAUCUCACAUAUAUAUCCUUUUAUUUAUCAAAUUUAAAUCUUUUGCGUUAUUCUUUAAAGCUAUGUGAUGAUAUUUUCGCUCCAAUUUUUUUUCUUCAGCUCAUCAAAAGCCAUAAAACUGAACUUUUUGUUUUUUUUUUCAGACCAUCAUUUUUUUUUCUCUCCAAUAAUACAUGCCGUACUUCUGUGUCUCUGAAACUCAAUAUCAUUUUGCAAAAUUUCAGCAUCUUUUUUCCCUUCACAAAUUAAAUUCAAAUUCCCAUCUUUUAUUUACCUCCCCCCCACAAAAAAAACCCUAGCUAGCUGCUGAUUCAUGAAAUUAAAACUCCAUUUAUUUCUCUAAAAUUCCGAAAAAAAAACCCUGAAUUUGGUAAAGAGAUAUGCAGUAUCAAGAUCGGAGAUUGAAGAGUGUACAAGUGCAAGAUCAAGUUCAACCACAACCUCAAAAAUGCCCUCGUUGUGAUUCUCUCAAUACCAAAUUUUGUUAUUACAAUAAUUACAGUUUGUCUCAGCCUCGUUAUCUCUGCAAGACCUGUAGAAGGUAUUGGACUCACGGUGGCACUCUCCGAAACGUCCCCGUCGGCGGCGGUUGUCGUAAGGGUAAACGACCAAAGCAAUCUUCACAAUCAUCCAAUACUAUUGUAAAGUCACUACAACCGUCACCGUCACUGCCACCGCCGCUCCCGUUGAGUUUAACAUCAACAACAACUUCACAACACGUAAUCUUUUCGGGUACUCCUGUUAUCACUCCGCCGUCGUUUUUUAAUCCGGGUGGGGAUUUGUUGUCAUCGUCAAGCUGGAUUAAUUCAUUUGGAUCAUCAGAAGGGCAGUGUCAAAUUCAACCACAAGAAAUAAUCUAUGAAAUGAUGGGUCAGUCGUCGGGGAAGGCCGCCGUGAGUUCAUCUUCUCCGCCGGCGGGUUGGCCAGAAAGCUACAUCAACAAUUCUAUUUCUAACCCUAUGGCCGCCGCUGGAGACGCCAUUGUCUGGCCAGCUGGAAACAACAAUACCGCCGCCACCGCCACCACCACCGCCAAUAAUGCCACAACUAACCAGUGGCCUGAUUAUAUGCCGGGAUUUUGUCCUCCUCCAUGACAUGAUUUAAAGGCAGCAGAUACCACAGAUCAUAAAUCGGAGGAAUUUGAUUCUUUCUUUCCUUUUUUUUUUUCUUUUUUUUUUCAAAAAAAAAAAAAGAAAAAAACCCUGAAAAGAUCUUACCUUUGAUAUUAUAUAUAUGAAUAUGCUUUGAGUCAUUAUAUAUGUUGAUGAAAUUCCAUA